UUUAUAGGGGUGGCCGGUGGUCUGGUAUUAUUGACACGCGCGUACAAUUUCUCGAAGAAAUUCUUCAAAAUUUUGACUAUUGGUACAGCAGAAUUAUCAGUUUUUCGCAUUUUGACUAUUUCUCGAGGGGUAUUUAUCGAGAGAUAUUAUCGUUAAUUUUUCACAUCCGUAUGCGCGAGUGUUAUAAACAUGGAUACGAAGAGGAUAGCUCUGUCGAAGAGUAUACUGCAGAUGAAGUUCAUGAAACGGACAAAAGACAAAGUGGAGAAAGAACAAUUUCAGGAAGAAGGAGAAGAGUACUUUGGCAGCGAGCUUACAUCACGCAUGAAGAAAGCGUCUGGAAAAUUUCUUAUGGAGGCGAGCUAUGUCUUCUGUGAGAAACUCGGUGAUGGUAGAUUAAGCUUUCAAGGGAUGAAUCCAGUUAUAGAGAAGUUAAUGGAAGAAAAGGAGAAUGCCAAACAAGCCAAAGUAGAGGUGAAACGAGAAGCUGACGUAUCUGAUGAACAAAUGGCUGUUCAGUGGAAGAAAAUGCGAGCGAAAUUUGACACCGUAAACAGGCAUAGAAAACCACAGCAUAGAAAGAGAAAUGACGAAGAUGAACCAUUGAACAAGAAACCAAAAUUCUUGAAACCAGCAGACUAAAUCUACAUGGUAAAUAACUGUAUAAUUAUGUGUUUAAUUUUACAUGUAUUAAGUAAAUAUGUUGUAUAGUUUGUAUAUUCAACGCAUGAAUCAGACAUCUGACACAAACUUGAUUUUAUUAUUAUAUAACUUAAUAUAAUCGUUGAAUAAAGGUUGUAUACGUAUUACGUUCUAAAACAUGCAUGGUUAUUGUUU